CCGCCACGUAUCACCAUGGUGACUGUAGGCAGCUACUGCGAGGCCGAAGGGCCCGUGGGUCCAGCCUGGACGCAGAACGGACUGAGUCCCUGCUUCUUCUUCACUCUCGUGCCUUCCGUGCUGAUGGCCCUGGGGACCCUGGCCUUGAUGGUGGCCUUUCCCUGCAAGCGUCGGGAAACGCCAGCAGGUCCCGACGCGCUGUCUUGGGGGGCUGGCCCAAACGUGGCGCCCUACGGGCUGCAGCUCCUCCUGGCCACACUUCAGGUGGUACUGCCCCUGGCUAGACUAGCCGACCGGGUGGCCACCGCCCGGGGGACCCCCCUGCCAGGUUACCUAUUGCUGGCUUACAUACUGGAAACUCUGGCCAGCGUCUGUGGCCUGUGGCUGCUCACAGUGGAACGUAGACAGGCAAGGCAGAGGCUGGCCAUGGGCGUCUGGACGAAGCUGAGGCACAGCCCGGGUCUCCUGCUCCUCUGGACUGUGGCGUUUGCCGCUGAGAACUUGGCCCUGGUGUCCUGGAACAGCCCACAGUGGUGGUGGGCACGCUCAGACUUGGGCCAGCAGGUCCAGUUUAGUUUGUGGGUGCUUCGGUAUGUGGUCUCGGGAGGACUGUUUGUCUUGGGACUCUGGGCCCCUGGACUCCGUCCCCAGUCAUACGCAUUGCAAGUCAAUGGAGACGACGCAGAUGUAGAGAGGAACCAGGUUAGAUCAGCAGAGAGAGCCUCACAGUCUACCUGGAGAGACUUUGGCAGGAAGCUCCGCCUACUCAGUGGCUACCUGUGGCCUCGAGGGAGUCCAGCGCUGCAGCUGGUUGUGCUUAUCUGCCUGGGGCUCAUGGGACUGGACCGGGGACUGAAUGUGUUGGUCCCUAUCUUCUAUAGGGACAUUGUGAACAUGCUGACUGAAAAGGCACCUUGGAGCUCCCUGGCCUGGACUGUUAUCACCUAUGUGUUCCUCAAGUUCCUUCAGGGCGGUGGCACUGGCAGUACAGGCUUCGUGAGCAACCUGCGCACCUUUCUGUGGAUCCGUGUGCAGCAGUUCACCGCACGCCAGGUGGAGCUGCGCCUCUUCUCCCACCUGCACCACCUGUCACUGCGCUGGCACCUGGGGCGCCGCACUGGGGAGGUGCUGCGGAUUGUGGACCGGGGCACGGCCAGCGUCACAGGGCUGCUCAGCUACCUGGUGUUCAACAUCAUCCCCACGCUGGCCGACAUCGUCAUCGGCAUCAUCUACUUCAGCAUGUUCUUCAAUGCCUGGUUUGGCCUCAUCGUGUUCCUGUGCAUGAGCCUUUACCUCAUCCUGACCAUUGUGGUCACUGAGUGGAGAGCCAAGUUCCGUCGUGCAAUGAACACCCAGGAGAAUGCCACCCAGGCACGAGCAGUGGACUCCCUGCUAAACUUCGAGACGGUGAAGUAUUACAAUGCAGAGGGUUAUGAAGUGGAACGCUAUCGAGAGGCCAUCAUCAAAUACCAGGAUCUGGAGUGGAAGUCAAGUGCUUCCCUUGUGUUACUCAAUCAGACCCAGAAUCUAGUGAUUGGACUCGGGCUCCUCUCUGGCUCCCUGCUCUGUGCUUACUUUGUCAGUGAGCAGAAGCUGCAGGUUGGAGACUUCGUGCUCUUUGGCACUUACAUCAUCCAGCUGUACAUGCCCCUCAACUGGUUUGGCACCUACUACAGGAUGAUCCAGACCAACUUCAUCGACAUGGAGAACAUGUUUGACCUGCUGAAAGAGGAGACAGAGGUGAAAGACCUUCCUGGAGCAGGACCCCUUCGCUUUCAGAGAGGCAAGAUUGAGUUUGAGAAUGUGCACUUCAGUUAUACUGAUGGGAGGGAGACUUUGCAGGAUGUGUCCUUCACUGUGAUGCCUGGACAGACUCUGGCCCUGGUAGGCCCAUCUGGAGCUGGAAAGAGCACAGUUCUGCGCCUGCUGUUUCGCUUUUAUGAUGUCAACUCCGGUUGUAUACGAAUAGAUGGGCAGGACAUUUCCCAGGUGACCCAGAACUCUCUUCGAUCUCACAUUGGAGUUGUGCCCCAGGACACAGUCCUCUUCAAUGACACUAUUGCCAACAACAUCCGCUACGGCUGCGUCACAGCCAGAGAUGAGGAGGUGGAGGCUGCUGCACGGGCGGCAGGCAUCCACGAGUCCAUCUUGGCUUUCCCUGAAGGGUAUGAGACUCAAGUGGGAGAGCGGGGCCUGAAGCUGAGCGGUGGUGAGAAGCAGCGUGUCGCCAUCGCUCGCACCAUCCUUAAGGCUCCAGAUAUCAUUCUGCUGGACGAGGCCACAUCAGCACUGGAUACAUCAAAUGAGAGGGCCAUUCAGGCCUCUUUGGCUAAAGUCUGCGCCAACCGCACCACCAUCGUCGUGGCACACAGGCUCUCGACUGUGGUCAAUGCAGACCAGAUCCUCGUCAUCAAAGAUGGUCGCAUUGUGGAGAGAGGACGGCAUGAGGCUCUGCUGUCCCGAGACGGACUGUAUACCACUAUGUGGCGCCUGCAGCAGCAGGGACAGGAAGAUAUGUCAGAAGACACUAAGUCCCCGACCACAGAAAGGUGA